AGGAGAGCUACCCCUCGAUGAUGCGAAAGUGAAGGAUGCAAGGCAACCUUUAGCGAGCACCUAUCAUUAUUAUUACCACAGCCUUGCCUUCCAGCACUAAAUUCUACACCGUGGCUCACCAUGGAGUCCACUGCCCCGCGUCUGCGAACACCGUCGCGGAUGGACCUGCCCUUAUCGUCCGGAAUAUCUCCGGGAUUCAAGAGAGUAAUUUAGACUGAUGUGUUAGUCGCAGGAGAUAAGAAGGGAGCUAUAAAGAUGGCGCUUGUCUGCUACCAAUUCUCUCUCUUCGAGUCAGAAGUAAUCCCAGUAGACAUUUCCCAUGUCCCCCAUUGAGAGAGUGUCCGCCAUCGCCCGUCAUUUCUCUCGAAGCUCGCCCAAGAUGUCGAACCUGGAGCACACCAAGAAAGUCUUUACCCUCAACACUGGCGACAAGAUCCCCGCCCUUGGUUUGGGUACAUGGCAUCCCAAGCCAAACGAGGUCCGUGAGGCUGUGAAGCACGCUCUUCUCAAGGGCUAUCGCCAUAUCGAUACUGCUCUCGCAUAUGGCAAUGAAGCCGAAGUUGGUGAAGGCAUCAAGGAAUCUGGUGUUCCUCGCAGUGAGAUCUGGAUCACCACCAAGCUCGACAACACCUGGCACCACCGGGUUGCUGAAGGCAUCGAUAGCUCCCUCAAGAGCCUGGGAGUUGACUAUGUCGACCUGUAUCUGAUGCACUGGCCCUCCUCCACCGACCCCAAUGACCUCACUAAACACCUCCCUGACUGGGAUUUCAUCAAGACAUGGCAAGAGAUGCAAAAGCUCCCGGCCACUGGCAAGGUGAAGAACAUUGGCGUUUCCAACUUCGGAAUCAAGAACCUCGAGAAACUUCUCAACGACCCCAGCUGCAAGAUCGUUCCCGCUGUCAACCAGAUCGAGCUCCAUCCGAACAACCCCUCUCCCAAGCUGGUCGCAUACAACACAUCGAAGGGCAUCCACUCUACGAGCUACUCCUGCCUGGGAUCCACCAACUCCCCUCUCUACAAGGACCCGAUCCUUCUGAAGCUGGCUGAGAAGAAGGGCAAGACUCCCCAACAAGUCCUGCUCCUGUGGGGUAUUCAGAAGGGCCGCAGUGUCAUCCCCAAGUCGGUCAACCCGGCACGUAUCGAUGGCAACUUCGAGUUGGAUGGGUGGGAGUUGACGGAAGACGAGAUCAAGGAGCUGGAUGAUCUCAAGGACCGCUUCAAGGUCUGCGGCGACAGCUGGCUGCCGAUCCGGGUCUUCUUCGGGGACGACGAGUAGAAUGACUGAUUUUCUUUGAGCAUACUGUAUGUACAUAAAAGCAAUGGGAAUACAGAUAGAUGUAGAAUGAUCCCGUCCUUCACGAAGGCUC